CUCAGGGCUCGGGACACAGUGUCAGGCGGAGAGGGCUGCCCCCAGGCUGCCCAGCGUGACGCUGAGGCCGACCUUCCAGGGUACUGUGGUGGAGUGGCACCUGGGGCCUCUGCCAGCCGCAAAGAGAUCAGACUGGUGGCUGUGGGGACAUCCAGAAGACGGACCUCCAGGUCCCUGUCAGCCAGGGAAGCUCCAGGGAGAAUGUCCCCAGAUCCAGGGAGUGGACCCAGGAAAGGAGACAGUGGGCAGGAACAGGCCCACAGCUAGGAAGCUGCGGAGGAUGUGGGAAGGCGGCCCUGCUGCCCCUGCUGCACAGCAUCUGCAGGGCCUCUGCACACAGGCACAGCGUCCAGACCCACCCAGGCCCGCCGGCCAGCACAGGACGCAGGGCCCGCAGGAGACAGCUAAGCACACCCAGUACUGCGGCUUCCCUGUGCAGCAGAGCGUCAUCGCACACGCACACCAGGCAGCAUGCAGAACUAUGCACCAGAACCAAGCCAGCCCGAAACAAGCAGCGGACUUCAGAGGYGGGCUGGAGACGUAUGGCACACGUGUUGGUGCCCCAGAGGUUUUCAGAGUCACGCRUCCCACACUCUGACUUACCAGACCUGGGGGGAUGCCAGGUGUGGAGAUGGCCGAAGAUGGCAGUGAAGAGAUCAUGUUCAUCUGGUGUGAAGACUGUAGCCAGUACCAUGACUCCGAGUGUCCUGAGCUGGGCCCAGUGGUCAUGGUCAAGGACUCCUUCGUGCUGAGCAGGGCAAGGUCCUCCCUGCCUUCCAACCUGGAGAUCCGACGUCUGGAAGACGGGGCGGAAGGCGUGUUCGCCGUCACGCAGCUGGUCAAGCGGACCCAGUUUGGCCCCUUCGAGUCCAGGAGGGUGGCCAAGUGGGAGAAGGAAUCCGCGUUUCCCCUGAAGGUGUUCCAGCAGGACGGCCACCCUGUGUGCUUCGACACCUCCAACGAGGAUGACUGCAACUGGAUGAUGCUGGUGCGGCCGGCAGUGGAGCCCGGGCACCAGAACCUGACGGCCUUCCAGCACGGCAGUGACGUGUACUUCACCACCUCGCGGGACAUCCCUGCUGGCGCUGAGUUGCGCGUGUGGUAUGCGGCCUUCUACGCCAAGAAGAUGGACAAGCCCAUGCUGAAGCAGGCCUGCUCCAGUGUCCACGCUGCAGGCACCCCUGAGCACAGCGGCCCCGUGGAGUCGGAGCGCAGCCCGUGGGCUUGCAAGGUGUGCUCCAGCGCCUUCCUSGAGCUGCAGCUUCUCAACGAGCAUCUCCUGGGCCACCUGGAGCAAGCGAAAGGCCUUCCUGCUGGCAGCCAGCAUGAGGCCGCCCCAGAGAAGGAGCCUCAGCCGCCCCGGGUGCAGCCCCCUKCAGUGCCGGAGAGUGCCAGUGUCCAGAGCAGGGCCACCAAAGAGCAGAAGAAAAAGCCUCGAAGGGGGAGAAAACCCAAAGCAUCAAAGCCGGAGCAGCCUCUGGUCAUCGUGGAGGACAAAGAGCCAGCAGAGCACGUGGCCGAGAUCAUCACCGAGGUCCCGCCAGAYGAGCCUGUGAGUGCAACUCCAGAUGAGCGGAUGGUGGAGCUGGUUUUGGGAAAGCUGGCUCCUCACACACAYGACGUCAGCUCGGUGCCAAAGUUCACUCACCAUCAGAGCAGCACCAUCGCCCUCAAGAGGAGCCUGGUUCUGUCCAGCAGACACGGCAUCCGGCGGAAGCUGGCGCGGCAGCUGGGGGAGCACAAGCGGGUGCACCAGUGUGGCAUCUGCAGCAAGGUCUUCCAGAACAGCAGCAACCUGAGCAGGCACGUGCGCUCCCACGGUGACAAGCUGUUUAAGUGUGAAGAAUGUGCAAAGCUGUUCAGCCGCAAGGAGAGCCUGAAGCAGCACGUCUCCUACAAGCACAGCAGGAACGAGGUGGACGGCGAGUACCGGUACCGUUGUGGCACCUGUGGGAAGACCUUCCGCAUGGAGAGCGCACUGGAGUUUCACAACUGCCGCACAGGACUCAUAGCAAACCCGGGAGAGGGGGGGACCCGUGGCAAUCGGCUUAGAGACCUACCAGAUGACAAGACGUUCCAAUGUGAGAUGUGUUUCAGAUUCUUCUCCACCAACAGCAACCUCUCCAAGCACAAGAAGAAGCACGGGGACAAGAAGUUCGCCUGCGAGGUCUGCAGCAAGAUGUUCUACCGCAAGGACGUCAUGCUGGACCACCAGAGGCGGCACCUGGAAGGAGUGCGGCGGGUGAAGAGAGAGGACUUGGAGGCUGGCGGGGAAAGCCUGGUGCGCUACAAGAAGGAGCCCUCCGGAUGCCCGGUGUGUGGCAAGGUAUUCUCCUGCCGCAGCAACAUGAACAAGCACCUGCUGACCCACGGCGACAAGAAGUACACCUGUGAGAUCUGCGGGCGCAAGUUCUUCCGCGUGGACGUGCUCAGGGACCACAUCCACGUCCACUUCAAGGACAUUGCGCUCAUGGACGACCACCAGCGGGAGGAGUUCAUCGGCAAGAUCGGGAUCUCCUCAGAGGAGAACGAUGACAACUCCGACGAGAGCGCGGACUCGGAGCCCCACAAGUACAGCUGCAAGAGGUGCCAGCUCACCUUCGGCCGCGGGAAGGAAUACCUGAAGCACAUCAUGGAGGUGCACAAGGAGAAGGGCUACGGCUGCAGCACCUGCCACCGGCGCUUCGCCCUCAAGGCCACCUACCACGCCCACAUGGUCAUCCACCGCGAGAACCUGCCCGACCCCAACGUGCAGAAAUACAUUCACCCCUGUGAGAUCUGUGGGCGGAUCUUCAACAGCAUCGGGAACUUGGAGCGUCACAAGCUCAUCCACACAGGUGUGAAAAGCCACGCCUGCGAGCAGUGCGGGAAGUCGUUCGCCAGGAAGGACAUGCUCAAGGAGCACAUGCGCGUGCAUGACAACAUCCGCGAGUACCUGUGYGCCGAGUGUGGGAAAGGCAUGAAGACGAAACAYGCGCUGCGCCACCACAUGAAGCUGCACAAGGGCAUCAAGGAGUACGAGUGCAAGGAGUGCCACCGCAAGUUCGCGCAGAAGGUCAACAUGCUGAAGCACUACAAGCGGCACACGGGGAUCAAAGACUUCAUGUGUGAGCUGUGUGGGAAGACCUUCAGCGAGAGGAACACCAUGGAGACCCACAAGCUCAUCCACACAGUGGGCAAGCAGUGGACGUGCUCCGUGUGUGACAAGAAGUACGUCACCGAGUACAUGCUGCAGAAGCACGUGCAGCUCACCCAUGACAAGGUGGAGGCGCAGAGCUGUCAGCUGUGCGGGACCAAGGUGUCCACCCGGGCCUCCAUGAGCAGGCACAUGCGGCGCAAGCACCCCGAGGUCCUCGCAGUGAGGAUCGACGACCUGGACCACCUGCCUGAGACCACCACCAUUGACGCCUCCUCCAUCGGCAUCGUCCAGCCUGAGCUGAACCUGGAGCAGGAAGAGCUGGCCGAGGGGAAGCCCGGGAAGACUGCCAAGCGUAGCCAUCGGAGGAAGCAGAAACCUGAGGAGGGGGCAGGGGCACCGGCACCCGAGGACACCGCCUUCAGCGAGUACUCGGAAAAGGAGGCUGAGUUCACGGGCAGCGUGGGCGACGAGACCAGCUCCGCGGUGCAGAGCAUUCAGCAGGUGGUGGUGACCCUGGGAGACCCCAAUGUGACUGCCCCAUCAAGUUCCGUUGGCCUGACCAACAUCACCGUGACCCCCAUCACCACUGCAGCUGGGACUCAGUUUACCAAUCUGCAGCCAGUGGCCGUGGGGCACCUCACCACCCCUGAACGCCAGUUGCAGCUGGACAACUCCAUCCUGACCGUGACCUUUGACACCGUCAGUGGCUCCGCCAUGCUGCACAACCGCCAGCACGAUGUCCAGGUCCACCCGCCGCCAGAGGCCUCCAGCCCCCAGUCUGUGGCCCACUUCAUUAAUCUGACCACCCUGGUCAACUCCAUCACACCCCUGGGGAGCCAGCUCAGUGAGCAGCACCCACUCACAUGGCGGGCGGUGCCCCAGACAGACGUGUUGCAGCCGCCACAGCCGCCGGCACCCCCACAGCAGGCAGCACAGCCCCAGGUCCAGGCCGAGCAGCAGCAGAUGUACAGCUACUGAGCUGCUGCCGCCACCGGACAGAGCCAGGGACUGGGGGUGUCUUGAGGUGUGUGUGCUGGAUACCAAACAGAGCAAAGGUGCAUACGGUGCGUGGUGCCUGAGGUGGACGUAGCUUUGCAGACCGCCUCCAGGUACCCCAGCAGCCGUGGGCGUGUUGGCUUAGCUCCAGAAACGACCCGGCAGGCAGGGUUUGAAACUCGGUCCGUGCCAGAUAUGCCUUACCAAGGUCGUGCAGCCGGCCUCGGAACGCUGAGGGCAGGGCUGGAGAAGGGGCGUAGAGGUAGAAGCAGGUCCCCAGAGCGAUGGUCAUGAGGAGCACGAGCCGUUCAUUUCUGUUUUCUUUGGAGCUCAUUACUGUACUGAACACACAGUAGCCCCGGGGCAGCACACAGCAGAGAACACGGUUUUCUCCUCACUCUUGGAUUUUUUUGGCAAGUGAGCAGAUAGAGGUUGAAGUAACUUCUCUUCAGAAUAAGGUUUGAGUCCAGUUUGCUGCACGGCUGUGGACUGAGGCCACAUGUGAGAUGUGCCACAGUGACAUGGGACUCUGCCUUUGAGUCCCUCACAGGCAAGGGGUCACGUGAGGCCACCCACCCAGGCACAAAAGACAUGUUGGAAAUGUCCAUCAAUCCAUUUUCAUACGGUUUUUCAUUUUCUUUUUUAUUUCAAACGUGUAUUCAAGACCUUGUUGUGGCCAACAUUGUUUUUCUAACUUUAAGAUGAUGAAGUCGAUUGCACUGUAGGACUGUCCACGUCCGAUUCUGCACUCCUGCCCGUGCAGAGGCGCUCUCCCACAGUGGAGAGGUCACUUCCAGAGGCUCCUUUGGAGUCGUCUCAGGAUUCUCUGCCAUCCAAAAGUAUUUACUGUGGCUGAAUCUCAGUCAGAGCCCUGAACAGAAGGACAGGGAAGAAAUCCAUGUCUUCUUUCUGUGUGAACCUCAAUUCCAAAGGUGGGUGUGUCCAAAGACCCAUUCCCUAUAAAAAACGUUGAGCGAUCAGGCUCUGGACAGGGAAGCGUGUGUGUUCCAGAAACACCGAGGACUCGGCUGCCUGCAGCUGGGAGUGGAGGCAGGCGAGGUUAGUCUAGCAGCAGAUGCGUGGAAUGCUCUUACAGCCAGCUCUGUAGGACACACGUCAUGCCAGCGUGCCACCCGGGGGUGAAGGGCCUGGCUGGCCGACCCGCUGUGUGCAGCCAGCCGUGUGGGACGUGCAGGCGUGGGAGAGGAGCUGUCUUCAGCACUGCCUGUGAGGGUCAGCUGGCCUACUGUUACCAGGGAGGCCACCUGAAGGGACCCUGGUAACAUGGGCAGUGGCUGAGUAAGGCAGGAGAGCCUGGCUCUGGGCGCAGGUAUGUGGGGCAGCAUGGGGCUUUCCUGGGCUUCAGUUCAUUCCCAGCAGCAAGCUUCUGAGGAUGGCUCCGGAGCUGGUUUUGUGCAAUACGUGCCCUCUGAGCCCGGAGCGGGUGGGCAUGCCGAGCCCUGGCCCCCCCUGCCGGGCCCACGCAUGCCGUCUUGUCUCAGCAGACUCCACAGUGGGAGAGUGUUUGAAUUCUUAAUUUAUGGUAGUUAUUUUUUGUUAUUUAUAUAUAUAAGGAACUGCUUCACGUGAGGUGGUUUCCCUCUUGGGCAAGGGUGGCUUGUUCUCCAUUCUCCAGCCACAAGUCGUCCAGCCGCCCCUGGACUCGCCGGGWGAGCUUUCUCCCUAGACGUUAGUGCCAGUCUCUGCAUUUGCAGAGUCUCCAGGGCAGAACAGCCUGGCAAAAAGCCUGUGCAGGCGAGGCUGGUGACUGACCUGCACAGGCAUCUGUCCCUCAUCCUGCUUCCUGGGAAAGAGAGGCCUUCUCAAUUGUUCUGAUUUUUUUUUUAAAGGAGUUGUGUCAGGUGUUUCUGAAGAACCUGAUUCAGGUCAUGUGGCGCGGGCGCUGCCACUGUUGCUGAAACACAGAGGCAGCUUCUCCCCGGGUGGCAGGUGGGCACUCACAGAGCCGGACUGUCUCCCGGGCUUCUGUGGACACAUGAUCUUGAUAGGUCACGUCUGAGCAAGYGUGUUGUCCUAAAGCAAUUGCUGUGAAUCUCACAAGAAACUGGAUAGUGAACAAAAGGCCCUUCUCAGCCCAAAGAGUCCUCAAGGGCYGCUGCUCUGCCCCACACCCUUGUUAUCCAGAGUGCUUGACUCUACGAGACCAGGGUGCACAGGGGUGUCUCUAAAGGAAGAGGCCAUGUGGCCAGCGAGCCCUGCUGCCCAUCUCAGUGGUGACGACUUAAAUCAUGAGGACGUGUUUGACCGGUGAGCUGGUGGAGAGCACGGGCCCGCGGCCUGCCAUGCGUCCUGUGCUCUGCAGGAGGGGCCCGGCCCCUGGCACAGCUGUAGCGUGUGACGUGUUCUCUCAGGAAAGUGCUGUGCGCGUGCCCCACCCUGUGUCCAGCUCAGAACCGCUGGGCGGGUUGGCGGGGGCAGAUUCCAGUGCCUUGCCUGGUUCCACUGUCAGGGCCCACAGGCGGAGGCUCGUGGCUCCCGGCUGAAGGCAGCAUGCGUGACCUUCUCGUUGGGUUUCAAAAGGCAUUGACUGUCCUAGAUGCUGAGUGUCCUUCAUGUCACAUCAUUUGUAUAAUGGUAAAUAA